AUGGCGGAACCAACCGAAGAAGGAGAGUAUCGGCAUCACCAGAAAGACGAAGAAACGACCUGGUUUGCUCUUGAUCGUGAUGCCAGGGGUGAGCCCGUUCUGGCCGAAUACCGCCGGUAUGCUGCUGUGAUGAUGCAAACAUCGGAGCUGGGAUCAAAGACUCGCUAUCCGAGUCUCGUGUCCUUUGUUGGGCAGACAGGUGCCGGCAAGAGCACCCUCAUAAAUCUCCUAAUUGAUCUCAAAUCGGAUCCGAGGAUGGCUAAUGAUGACCCUGCUAAAAUGGCUCCCGUCAUCGGUCGUUCUAGCUGCACAUUGCCAACGUCGGCUGAUGUGCAUUUAUACAUCAGUCCGGAAACGAGAUUCUCAAAGCGUCCUAUUCUCUAUGCGGAUUGCGAAGGGUUUGAGGGCGGUGAACGAAGCCCUAUUGCCAUCACUGCUUUGUCACCAGAGACCAAGGAUCCAUCUUCCAGCGGAAACGGCUCUCGAAGGCCGGAUGUCCUGCGCAAAAUGUCUCAGGGCACACAGCGACUUCUGAAAUGGGCGAGCCAUAAUAGUCAGGCAUACGAGCAGACGAGCAAGAGGGCCUACGCCGUUUCUGAGAUGUAUCCAAGGAUUUUCUACGCCUUCUCGGAUAUCAUCGUUUUUGUGCUCGACAAUCCGAACACUUUGGAAGUUGUUGUCGAGAGACUACUCGAGUGGGCCGAUGCCAACUAUUCUCGUUCGAUAAACCAACCGACUAAACCACACGCCAUCGUGGCUCUCAACAAAUCCAAUCCGAAGACCCCAGAGGAUCAGUGGAACACGGUGAACGCCACUGCCCAUCUGUUGACCACUGCGUCUGCCAAGAUUGACGAGAACAAAACCUUUGUCAGAUAUGCGAAGAUGCGGAAGAAAGCAUCGUUGUCCCGUAUCGAUAACAUGCACGAUUUGCUUCGCUGCUACUACUCAACGGUGCACGUUGUUCGAAUUCCAGAGAAGAGCAGGUACCACAAGCUCGAUCAGCAACGUCGACAACUUCUUCAGGUAAUUGAAGACUGCUGCACUAUAGCUUUCAAGGACAAGCAAGAGCGGGAGAUGCUCACCGAUGUGGAUGACUUUGGACUCUAUUUGUCGCUAGCAUUCGACCACUUUUCGGAAACAUUGGAUAAGCCAUUCGACUUUAUUGAAGCCUCGUUGAAAAGGAAUCCUCUGUCUGCUUCGUUUGCCGACAACGUGCUUGCGUUUGCAAGAAGGAUGGCGGUGCACAAGAAUUGUGAAGGUCAGAUUGUGGAACUGUUCGCCUACCUGACCCCGUUCGUGGCAUCUUGUAUCCUGCUCGAAUCUGCGAGGAAGAAACGCAUUGGAAGGCCUGAAGACUGGUUCGGUGAUCUCGAGGACGAUGAGCCGGCUAUCUUGAAGUAUUUCCACAAUGACGUCCAGUGCAAUUUCGCCAUUUACGACCCCUUCGCGCUGAAGAAGCGUCCUUGUGAAUUACGAUACUUGCGUCAUGGGCAUUCCCAUCGAGCUAAAACAAAAUUGCGCACGAUUGAAGCGCCUGGAAAUUUCGAAUUGAGCUUCGAAAUGGACCAGAUCACGGCAUGGGAAGAGGACAUCCUGGCACAACUAGUUGAUAUGCACGACAAAUCACGGCGCAAGCUCACUUUCGAAACUAGGCAGGCCACCCUCCAGGCUCACUCCAAGCUCCUCCAAAGUAUAUAUCGAGGUGGAUAUCCCACCCGCGACAAGGCGGCCGAAUUCCAGUUGAACUCGAUAUGCGUCGCAUGUCUGUGUAACCCUCCUCAGCACCAACUUGGGUGUGGGCACAUUCUCUGCACGGACUGUGUCAAAGACUUCGGGCAGCAAGAUGGGAGGUCGGUCAAGAUCCUGGGAUGUCCUCUUCAUGACAACUUCCAGAAAAACAGCCCCACAGGUAUCACAACAGACGUGGAGCUCGCGCCCGCCUUCUCGGGUUUGCGCGUUCUGACAUUAGACGGUGGUGGCAUCAGGGGAAUCGUUGAAUUGGCCGUACUCAAAGCUAUUGAGGCAUGCCUAGGUGUCCCUCUGCAGAAGUUCUUCGACCUCGUCGUUGGCACAAGUACAGGGGGCAUCAUCGCUCUGGGUUUUGGACAUGAAAUGUGGUCUGUCGAUCAUUGCACCCAACAAUUUCAGAAGCUAGUGCAACCCGCUUUCUCGAAGCGUAAAGGCCAAGAUGUGCAUGUCAUUCGGGAAGUUCAACUGUUCGUCAAGCAUAGCAAAUACGAGACGACACCUCUUGAGACUCAAUUGAAGCAAGCUUUUGGAGAUCGGACCCUCUUCCCUAAGCACCGAUCGGAGGACCGCUUGAAAACUGCUGUUAUCGCAGUCUCGAGCUCGGGUUCGAGAGCUUGGGUGCUUUCAAAUUAUAACACUCACCCAGGGCGAGGUAGAGGGCCACCGUACCAAAGAUAUCGACCUAGUCGACCACGGGACGAAAUCCUUACUUGGGAAGCCGCAAGAAGCACGUCCGCCGCACCAGGAUUCUUCAAGCCCUUUUCGCCGCAUAGAGCUGGAAGCAAGCUCGAAGAAUGGAUCGAUGGUGCUGUCCUGCACAACAACCCAGUCCAGAUAGCAAUCGAAGAAGCCCGGCGCAUUGCUGAGAUGGAGCAGCUCAACGGCGAGCCGGACGUUGUGCUCUCAAUUGGCACGGGCCUCUCAAAACGUGUCAGGCAUCUGGGAGAUAUACCUUCUGAGGAGAUACACUUGGGUGCGCCCAAAGCGAGGACAACUGGGUGGAUCCGCAGUCUUUUCACCAUGGUCAGCUACCAGAUCAAGCUGAACACAGAUGCUGAUCGGAGGUGGGCAUCAGUGCUUGACACUGAGCGGCACAUUUCUGGGCAACUGUAUCGCAUCAAUCCUGACCUUCAGAUGGACCCACCCGAGCUGGAUGCUGUUGACAAGGUAGAAGAACUGGCUAAGUUGCUCCCUCGACUGCUGAUCGAGGACGGAAGCUUGCAAGGCCGGAUACAGGAGGUCGCGUGUGCACUGGUCGCAUCAUCCUUCUUCUUCGAGAAGGACGGCCGAGCAGUCAGCACCUCAAGCUCAUCGACGGAAAUCCGCGGCUGGAUCUGCUGCCGUCUCGGUCAUGCUAAAAAGCGUGCCGGAAGCGACUCGGUGCGUGGCUGGAUGGCCACACCCACGCAGCCGAUCACCAGUCUCCGCGGCAAUAAAGACGAUAUCAGGCAGCUCGGCAAAUUUGUUGCUCGCUCCGUCCGGCCAGAGUUCAUUAUCUACAACGAGCCCAAGAACGACAAGGACGUCUUUCUGUCCAUUCCAGUGGACGAAAUGAUGCAGCAAGGCGAAUUCAGCAAGCAGGGCGCACACCUCACGGUGCCCGGAGACGAUACGGUGACGACGAUGGCGCUGAGGCUCCCUGGCAUAUGCGGCGGACGGGCUGAAUUCCCUAUUAGCGGCUUUCCGCGUCAGUUGAUGAAGAUGGACUUUAACCCGUCCUACAGACAUGAUGGACCUUAG